AUGCUCCUAUCUAGAUUGGCGCCGGCAAAACAGCCCCGCACAUGGAGGCCCCGCUACACGCCGCUAGAAGCGUACGACCGCCGCGUGGCGCUCCACAAGUUGACAGACGACCCCUACCAGCGCAAGAUUCUUCUGAGCUUGUCCAGCCUCCACGCGCAGUUAAAGGCGUACCGGCCGCCGCCCGUGGCCACGCCGGACGUCGAGGACUUGAAGCCCAAAACAGGCCUCUCCAAAUUCUGGUCCGGCAUGCUCAGGCGCCGCGAGCGCACCCGGGACGGGCAGCCGUCGCUCGUCAAGGGCAUCUAUUUGUGGGGCGACGUCGGGUGUGGCAAGACCAUGCUCAUGGACUUGUUCUACCUGACCGUGCCCGCCAGCCUCCCCAAGCGACGGUUCCACUUCCACCAGUUCAUGCAGAACCUCCACAAGCGGUCGUACCAGCUCAAGCGCGAGCACGGACACGCGGACUUGGACGUGAUCCCGCUCUUGGCCAGCGAGAUCGCCAAGACCGCCACGGUGUUGUGUUUCGACGAGUUCCAGGUCACGGACGUGGCGGACGCCAUGCUCUUGCGGCGCCUCCUCACCUUGCUCCUCAGCCCGCAGUACGGCGUGGUGUUGUUCGCCACGUCCAACCGUGCGCCGGACGACUUGUACUUGAACGGCAUCCAGCGCGUGCUGUUCAUCCCCUGCAUCCGCAUGAUCAAGAACGAGACCAGGGUCAUCUACCUCAACUCGCCCACGGACUACCGCAAGAUGCCCCGGCCGUUCUCCUCCGUGUACUACUUCCCGAAUCCGGGCGUCAAGUACCACAGCAAGGCGUCGGCCAGCGCCCGCCAGAAGCACUGCGACAAGUGGUACGAGUACUUCAACCAGGCCAACCACGACAAGGCCGUGCUGCACGACGACAGCAUCACGGUGUGGGGCCGCACGCUCCACGUGCCCGCCAGCAGCCGUCCGUACGUGGCGCAAUUCACGUUCGAGGAGCUCUGCGGAAAGAACCUCAGUGCCGGCGACUACCUCUCGUUGGCCCACACGUACCGGGCGUUUGUCGUGACGGACAUCCCGUACUUGAGCAUCGACGUGCGCGACACCGUGCGCCGCUUCAUCACGUUUCUAGACGCGGUCUAUGACGCCCAUGGCUGCAUUGCCACCACGGCCGCGGCCGCGUUCAACGAUCUCUUCGUGGAGCCGGAGAACCUUCUGAAAGACAACUUCCUGUUGUACAAAAGACAGAGCGACUCGGGGACCGAGGAGACCUUUGAGUACGACGACUUGGUGGUCAAGCACGGCUUCGACCGCCUGGUGGCCAAGAAGGCCUCCAUGUUUGCCAACGACGAGGAGAAGUUUGCGUUUGCGCGUGCGCUAAGCCGGCUCACGCAGAUGGGCACCACGGACUGGUUGGAGGAAUCCCGCGCCUCGUAG